CACUCAUCGACCUGCACGCAUCCGUCCACGCAGAAACAAACAGAGCAAGGUCUGACCGUCUGAUGGAGAGCUGGCUAGCUCGCAGCAUGGAGGGAGCUGCCGUGAGCGCGGCAGCGGGAGCCCUGCAACCCGUCUUGGAGAAGCUGGCCGCUCUGCUGCUCGGCGAGGACUACAAGCGCUUCGAGCGGACGCGCGGCGAGAUCGAGUCUCUCACUCAUGAGCUCAACGCCAUCAUGGCGUUCCUCAUCGAGAGAUCCAAGGUUGAGGAUCCUGACGGGCAAGACAGGCUCUGGAUGAAGGAUGUGCGGGAGCUAUCCUACGACAUCGAAGACAGCCUCGACGAGUUCUUGCUGCACGCCGCCGCCAAGUCUGCCGAGCCGGACGGCUUCAUGGCGAAGGUCAGGAGCUUGGUGGAGAGGACCAAGAGUCGCCAUCGGAUAGCCAGGGAGGUUGAGGUUCUGAAGAAGGAAGCCAUCGAGGUGGCCGAAACGAACCAAAGCAGCUACAGGGCCGCUGACCACCAGCCCGUGGUCAGUGCCACCAAUGCGUCGAUUGAUCCAAGGGCGCUUGCCGUAUUUGAGGAUGCGACGAAGCUUGCUGGCGUCGACGGGCCGAAUGGCGAGCUCAUCAGAUUGCUGGAGACUGGACAUGGCUCGGUCCAGCAGCAGACUAGAGUGGUCUCAAUUGUUGGACCUGGAGGGAUUGGAAAAACAGCUCUGGCGCACCAGGUGUACCAAGAGCGUAAUGGUGGAUUCCUGCAUCGGGCGUUCUUAUCGGUAUCAAGGAAUCCGGACAUCAAGGGAAUUUUGAGAAGUAUCCUGAAUCAAGUGGUGAGCCCAAAAGAUUACGAGGCCGUGAUUAAGGGGGAUCAUGUUAUCAGAGUGGCUGGGGAGGAUCAACUUAUCACAAAGAUCAGGGAAUACCUCACAGACAAAAGAUACUUUAUUGUGCUCGAUGAUAUAUGGGAUGUGAAAACAUGGAAUGCCAUUAAGGAUAUCUUCCCCAUGACCAGCUGCGGUAGUAAAGUCAUCACCACUACUCGUAUAAACGAUGUGGCUCAGGAAUGUUGUCGAUCACCCACUAAUGGACAUAUAUACAAUAUAAGGCCUCUUAGUAUGGAGCACUCAACACAAUUAUUUUACAGAAGAUUAUUCAGCCCUGAAGAGAAAUGCCCUUCUCACCUUGUAGAAAUUUCUAGCCAAAUCUUGGAGAAAUGUGCCGGCUUACCAUUAGCGAUCAUGGCUAUAUCUGGCUUACUGUCCAGCAAGGAAAAAACAACGGAGCAAUGGAAUCAAGUGAAAAAUUCUAUUGGCCGCAGACUUGAAAGAAAUUCUAGUGUUGAACUAAUGUCAGAGAUACUAUUGCUCAGUUACUUUGAUCUUCCUCUCCAUCUUAAAAUUUGCCUACUGUACCUCAGUAUAUUUCCAAAAGAUUAUACCAUUGGGAAGGAGGAUUUGAUAAGGAGAUGGAUUGCUGAGGGGUUCAUCCAUGAACGGAAUGGAAUUGCAGCAUACGAUUCAGGCGAGAGGUGUUUUAACGAUCUCAUCAAUAGGAGCUUGAUCCAACCAGGAGGGAAAGACAAAUUUGAUGAGGUGAAUAGCUGCCGAGUUCAAGACACAAUUUUUUAUUUCAUUGUAUCCAUGGCUGCUGAAGAGAACUUUGUUACUUUAAUAGGAGUACCCGGUGUAAAUCCAAUUGCUGGAAACAAGGUCCGUCGGUUGUCUAUGCAGAGUGAUGUUCAAAUCCCAUCAGGGCUAGUUUUAUCUAGCGUCAGGUCACUUAAUGUUUUCGGCGGUGACGUGGAAAUCCCAUUUUUACCGGAGCUUAGACCCUUGCGUGUUUUAGCAUUUGAAGACUGUGGGCAGUUAGAAGAUGAUCGUCUUUCAGAUGUAGGCAAUUUGUUGCACCUCAGAUAUCUGAGGCUCAACCAUGCACAUGCUGUUACAAAGCUUCCAGAAGAAACAGCAGAGCUACUACACUUGAGGACACUUGAAGUACAUGGGCACAACAAAAUAAUGGAAAUUCCAGCCGCCAUUUGUCAGGUUGAGCGAUUGGAAUGUCUGGUAACUCUAGUUACAGACGAUUAUACUAUACUGCCUGAUGAAAUUGCAGACAUGAAAGCACUGAGGGUGUUGGAAGGCGUUAAUGUGUAUAUUCACUCGGCCGGCUUCAUUAAGCGGCUUGGUGAGCUAACAAAUCUGAGGAAGCUGGGCAUGCUAUUCGUCAACAGCGAUGCUGAUGAAGAAUGGGAGGAGAAAUAUGGAGAGAUCGUCUCUUCGAUCUAUAAGCUUACCCAAGCAAACCUUGAUUCUCUGCAUAUUCGUACCGUAAAUGAGCCACCAGAGUUGCUGGACAAUCUAAGCAAAGAACACCCUGAACCACUUGGCCUUCGGGAACUUGUCAUCGAGGGGGAUGACGUCUCAGGCCUUGCAGCGUGGUGGGGUUUACUCGUGAACCUCCAGAAGUUACUCUUCUGUGCCUAUGAAAGAGUUAGCGAGGAAGAUGUGGAGACCCUUAGAAGCCUACCCGAUCUGAAGUACCUCUGCAUCCAUCUCUGGGAUGCACCCGACGAUCCUGAAGUGAAGGCUCCCCUGGAGAGAGCAAUGAAGGCCCAUCCCAACCGUCCCAAAUUGGUAUGGAUAGACGAGUACUAGACCUCAGGAUCAGGUGCAGCGGUAACUUGUACUGCAGGUCUGCAACUUAAGCAGUUGGUCCAUCUGAGCCACUCAAGGGGCUGGCAGCGUCUUGCAUGAGAGUUCAUAUUUCCUACCCUUUUUCUCUUUAUUUUUGCAACCAGCUGUUAAUCUGGAGGGGAAAAAAACACGAAGAGCAGAGUAGGCUUGGCGUAGCAAAGGCAACUCUGGCCCAACAGGAUGUACAGAUCCGCGGAACAGUUUUCAGAGCCUUGUCCUGUUGAGCUCAUCGUGCAAGAUAGUACUCAGUUGCUGUCAGAACAUUGCGUAACGACCUCCAUUGCAAA